AUGGAGAACCAUCCCAUGACCGAGCACUUGCUGCAAGAUCUCCAGAGCCUUAGAGAUGAGUUCAUGAACAAAUUUGCCGGAGGACGGGCCACGGGAGAGCAAGUCAAGGUGUGGAUGAAGCAGGUCCGGGAGAUGGUCUACGACAUAGAAGACUGGAUUGAUCUGAAGGAGGAUUUCAGCGAAUCGGAUAUGAAGCAAAUUGAAGAAUUCAAGGACGACAUCCAGGAAGCUCGAAGCCGCUGCAAAAGAGAAGUACCCGGCCGUAGAUUGUUCUGGGAGGAGAAGCAGAAGCCUGUCCUCGUUGGUCUGAAUCAUUCAAAACCAGAGAUUCUAAAUCAUCUGGAGAGCGAGCAGAAGGAGCUGAAGGUGGUUUCCAUACACGGAAGGGGAGGCCAUGGCAAGACUGUUCUUGCUAAGGAGAUAUAUGGAGACAUCUGUAUUAAAGGGCAGUUCGAGUGCAAAGCUUUUGUUUCUGUCAGUCGGAACUCAUCGACGAGGACCACACUAAUCGAAAUACUCCGCCAAGUGAAGUCGGAGGUGGGGGGGAGCGAGUGGUCUGCGGGCGGCGGCGGAGGUCUCGGUCUCGCCGGGUUCGGCAGUGUGAGGUACCUCAGCGCGAUUGCCGCCGCCGGGUGCAGCGGCGGCGUCGACGGCGAUGCCAAGUACGACUCGUACAAGGCGCCGGGGCUGCGGGGCGCGUUGCUGGAGGCGGCGCACGUCUCCUGCCUCGAGGAUCGGUACGCGCUGGGCCCGCAGCUGGGGUUGGGCCAGUUCGGCGUGAUCCGCUCCUGCUCCGACCUCGUCACCGGCGAGGCGCUUGCCUGCAAGUCCAUCGCCAAGGGCCGCCUCCUGCCCCCCGACGACGUGCGCGUCGUGAAGCUCGAGAUCGAGGUCAUGGCGCGCCUCGCGGGCCACCCAAACGUCGUCGACCUCAAGGCCGUGUACGAGGACCGCGACUCCUUGCACCUCGUCAUGGAGCUCUGCGCCGGCGGGGAGCUCUUCCACCGCCUCGAGGAGCGCGGAUGCUUCUCCGAGCACGAGGCCGCCGUGCUGUUCCAAUACCUUAUGGAGGUCGUCGCGCAUUGCCACAGCAAAGGGAUCGUGCACCGAGACCUCAAGCCCGAGAACAUCCUCCUCGUCAGCAAGUCGCCCUCGUCGCCGAUCAAGCUCGCUGACUUUGGACUCGCUACCUACAUCCAGCCUGGUACGGUUCGUGUCUGGUAUUUCAUCUGCAUCGAUGACAUCCGGAGUACUCAGGAUUCAGAUGUUAUUAUUUGUGCUUUGCCUGAUAAUGAUCUUGGAAGUCGGAUAUUGACAACAACGCGCAUGGAGGAUAUUGCCAUAUCAUGCUCUAGACGUCCCGAUGAUGUUGUUUAUGAGAUGAUCCCUCUUGAUGAGACUGAUUCCAAAAGCUUAUUUUGCAAUAGUGUAUAUGUUCAAGAAGAAGAAUGGCCAGAUCAUUUCAAAGAAUCUUCGAAGAAAAUGUUUGAAGUGUGUGGUGGCCUGCCAUUGGCCAUAAUUGCUACAGCAGGUUUUUUAGGGAGGACAUCUGCCGAACUGUCGUUGCAGUCAGAAAAGCUUAACAAAACAAUUUUAUCAGAAUCCGAUCAAUUUUAUUCUGAGUCACAAGCAAUGAGAAAGAUACUGGACAUCAGUUUUGCUGAUCUACCUCUGCCUCUGAAGUCUUGCUUCUUGUACUUGACAAGUUCAGGAAAUUAUGACAUCAUCAAGAAGGAUCGUCUGGUAAGAAGAUGGGUAGCUGAAGGACUUAUCCCUGAAAGGCAUGGAAAGAGUUCAUGGGAAACAGGGGAGAGCUACUUUGAUGAGCUUAUCAGUAGGAGGCUGAUCCAACCGGCCUUUGAUGGCAAUGAUGAUCAGCCAAUUGGUUGCACUGUUCAUGGUGUUGUCUUUGAUUUCUUGGAGUCCUUGUCAUCCGAAGAAAACUUUAUUACACCAGGUGAAGAGUUGAAGUCUGGACUAUUUCCUUGUGAAACGAAGAGUUUGGUGUCCUCAAGCUGUGCUGAAGAAGACGACGACGAUGCAAUCUUUUUGCAAUUAUCUAGGGUGUGGUCCCUUGCAUUUUCUGGUGAUGCUGGAAGGAGGAUCCCUGAUCUUUCUGCCUUCAAACAUUUGCGGUUGCUGGAUCUUGAGGAUACCAAGGGCUUGGAGAACAAACGAUUGGAAGGCAUUGGACAUUUGUCUCUGCUGAGGUACUUAGGACUUGGUGGGACUGAUGUCACCAAGCUGCCCCGACAAAUCAUGGAACUUGAGCAAUUGGCUACCCUGGAAUUAAGGCGAACAAGAGAACUAUCAAAAGUCCUUAUGGGUCCUGAUGGGUCACUUGCUUCGGAACUAGCAGGGCAUGUUAAUAAGUUGGGACCUUUGAGGAUGCUUGGGAUAAGAGUUAGUCAUAUGCAGCGUCAUAGCGCAGCUGAUCGACAGGGAGUGAUGCGUUUGCUUGAGGAGCUGAGGAAAUCAAACCUGCAGUCCCUUUUACUUGAUAAUUACCCUCAUCCUCUGCUUGACUUACUGGUUGAUUCACCAGCCCACAACCUGCGAAAAUUUGAGCUGAGAAUACACGGCUGCCUCCCGCAGGUUCCACAGGAGAUAGCAUCUCUCAUAGCCGUCACGCACCUGCAUAUCAAUGUUGAAGCAGUAGAAGCACAUGGUGUCCAUGCCCUGGGGAGCUUGCCUAACUUGGUCGUCCUGAGACUAGAUUUGAAUAGCAGUCCAAGCAUGACCGUGAGUAGCAAUGAUGGCUUUCAGUGCCUCAAGUCAUUAUGGUGUAACAGUCAGUAUGGUGGUGGGAAGGGCAUGCAGUUUGAAGCUGGAGCCAUGCCACAGCUCCGAAGGCUUCGGCUAGAACUCGAUGCCCAGGGAACAAGGUCCAAACAUGAUGAUUUCGAUAUCGGCAUCCAGCAUCUACCUUCUCUCGUGCAGGUCCAUGCAACCAUUGACUGGACGAAUACUGCUUUAACGGCUUCAGAGGUUGAGGCCGCUGAGAACCAGAUCAGAGAACAAGUAUCUCGGAGCCCCAACAAUCCGGUACUGGAAUUGAACAGAAGACGGCAGCGGUAUAUUGCCAAGCCAUCGGAGGAGUUGGUGAUCACUGUCAACAGCCUUCAGGAGUGGAGUAAACAGAUCAACCCCAGAAAGCUGGUGGUGGUUCAUUUCUCCGCGGGGUGGUGCAGAGCAUCCCGCAAGAUCACUCCUGUCUUUGCUGAUCUAGCCAAGAAGUUCCAGAAUGUUGUUUUCUUGAAGGUCGAUGUCGAUGUUGAUGAAAUGGAGACUGUUGCUAAGGAAUUCAGUGUUAAGGGCGUGCCAACCUUCCUAUUCAUGAAGGGGGGCUCCGUUAAGGACAGGGUUGUUGGCGCAGGUUGA